AUGUUGGAGGAAUCUGUAAGGCAUAUUUCCGGUCUUUCACCGACACCCAGGUCGGGGUCACGCUCAGAUACCAGCGUGGUUGGUCCAAGGAAAAAAACAGACCAAAAGGCUCAAUUGUUGGGGAAGAUGACACUUGGCGAUGGACUUAUUUGCGUGGACUUUCUCUCAGGGCCUAAUAUUUUGGCAAUUGGAAGUACAAAGGCUGUUCAUCUUGUGGAAGUGACGCCGAUGAAUCUUCCCAGUCAGGCAGCGGGGGCGGAUGUUUCCUCUACGCCUCACUUGGCGUCCGUUUCCUUUGCGAUGCGCUCAUGUGGCAUGUUUGGUAACGUGGCAAAGGUGGAAGCCCUUGCGUGGUAUCCAAACCGAAAUGAGGCGGUCCUUGCCAUUGUGCAGCUCAGUCGCAGCGUAACGGUGCUUUUUGACGCGCUUUCAAAGAAGGGAGACGCAUACAUGGCCCAGCAGUGGAUUCAUAGCUCUAGGUGCCGCACCCUUGUCUCCUCCACUGUGGCCGGGAGUGAGCCUCUGAGUGCUGCUGUUGUCAGUGCAGCAUCCAUGCCCUCCACACCGUUUGGUACAGCCAUGCAGGAAGUGCAACCAAGCCCAUUUGUGGAACGCGAUCCGGAUCGUCCGUGCAGUAUGGUGGAGGUUGUGAUCAACACCGGCUUCUUGCGGGUGGAGCGAAUCACGUGGGAUCCGCACAAUCCGUACACGCUCGCGCUUACCUCCAAUGCGACGCACUUUGAGUUGUGGACCAUCCCUCUCAGGGACAAAAAAGUGUACCCGCCCAGGCUUAUCCUUCGCCCGCCCGCGCACGACGAACGGUCCGUCACGCGCGGAGUUGUGUUUUCCCCGUUUGACCCAAACCUCAUCGUUGUCGUUGUAGAAAGAGCGAACGCCGGUAAGGUGAUUGUGUAUGACAGACGGCACGUGGAAGUGUUGUGGAGCAUGGAGACGACUGGGCCAUGCCUUUCAGCCGCUUUCCAUCCAAUCUUUUCCGAUCUUCUUGCCGUGUCCUUUCGGAAGGCAAAGACGAAGACCAAUUCACGUGUGCAGUUUUUCCGCGUUCAGAGUGAUGUCAUUGCGGCGCCUUCCACGACGGAAACGAACCACUCUAGCGGUGAGAAACUGGCGAGUGCUCCGGCACCGUUGGAAUCAACGGACGUCUUGCCUCCCAUCGAUAGUAUUGACUCACUCAAUCGACUACGGUGGAGACCGUGCGGGAAUGCGUUCCAAGUGACAGGGGGAGAGGCAUGCGUGGAAACAAGUGAUGGCAGCAUCGACGCAACCUCCUCAAAGUUGUGGUUCGCCACGACGGCGCUUAACGGCCAGGAGAUUAGUGUCUGGGAUGCCGCCAACGGCUUUUCCCCCAUUUUUUCCAUCCGAACUGUCUGUCAUGGGCGCGAGUUUGUUCGACAGGGAGCCCACCACAUGAACCCGACCCUGCAGGAAUUACCUCUGCAGGAGCCAACAGACUGUGUCUGGGUGAAUGCGUUGACACUCGUCUCUAUCUUCAAAGACGGGGGGGUUGUGCUCACAUCCCUCCUGGAUGAAAAAACAACCAGCAGGGACACACUGUUCCGGUGCAUAACCGACCCCAACACGCAGCUGUCCGCGGGAUCCGACGUGCUUAGUCUCAGUGCUAUACUUCCUACGGCGGCGGUGGUGGCCGAUUACUUUGGGCGCAGCUUUGCGGUGCGCAGCAGCUCCUCGCUUCUACGGGAGUACUACACCAAAAUCAUCAACGCCGAGAAGCGAGAGUUACUGGAGGAGUUGGCAUCAGGAAAAAAAAAUGCGGUUGGUGGUGGUGGUGGUGUUUUGAGCUCCCCUUCCCCCUCCUCUACGGCGGUUUCAUUGGGGACUGUAAAGCAUCAUAAAGACUCCUCACGUGCCACGCCCACGGGUGGAAUGAUGUUUGACACGCGUUAUUCCCCACUGCCAUCCCACUGGUCCACGCAAACACCGCUGCAGCAAGCCUCCUUUGAGAGACGGUUUCCGAGUUCUUUGGCUAGCGCCCAUGCGAUCGCAGGGUCUCCGAACAGCGGCAGACGGCUAGAAUUUCUUUUCCCCCUCCUGUUCUCUCUCGUCCCGUCGCCGUCGCCGGUACUCACAGUUGCAACGACAACAACAAGAGCAAUGGGAGUUGAUCGAGUUGUGGCGAACGAUGAUGCCGAAACGAAGAGUGCGGAUAGAUUUUUGCGGCGAUCCCCAUACUUGGUUGCUUUUGACUCACGACACCGCUCUUCGAGGGGCGGACUGGAGACGCAGAGUGAGAGUGGGCUAGAAGGAAAAGCAUGUAGCUUCCCGACACGCCACGGCUUGGAUGGGGCAGCAGCCACGGCGAAGAGAGGAUUGUUUGGGGCACGUUCAGCUUCCGCGAAUGAACAGAGCCUCAGUGAACAUCGUGGCAUAGUGUCGCCUAUGAUUUCACUUAUGAAUGCUCUGGCAAUGACCAGCUCUUUUUCACCAACUCAAUCUGAAGAAGGGAACGCCAGGCGUACGAAUUUAUUUACACCAGUGGGUCGAACGAGUGGAGGCGCCGUUUCUCUGUUACAGGAGACACAGGCCGGUUGUGCCAACUUGACCUCGGAAUACGGUGCAGACGGAGGCUCAGUGGAGAAGAUCCCUGCUCAGCCGCCGCCUCUGGGACGAAGAUCACUCGUUAAACCCGUGAUUGAUUGCUUUGUCCUUUCCAAUGAGACGUGUGGAUGGGCCUAUGUAGAACAAACUUCUGAGGAGGAUACGUUUGUACGCUAUGCGUUGAAUUGGGAGAUGGGCUUUGAUACAUCCCGCAAGAUGAGAGCACAUCGUCAUGCAGCAACGGAAGAAAUUGCCAAAACAGAGACUGAGAAUGUUGAUCAAUGCUUUGCGAGGAUGAUGGGACACAACUCAAAGGUUUGUAGGUCACGUGAGCGAGAAUUGCAAGCUGCAACAAAGGCCAUAAGUGAGGAAAGGGGCAACGUCCCUGGCGUGGAUGGUGCAACGGCCAAUUCCGGUAAAGGAACUGGAAAUAGUGAAUAUCCCUUGGGCUCCGUAGAUCCCAGGGGCCGACUCUGGGCUGCGGCUGCGUAUGCGUGGCGCAGCCACAAUGUGACACUCAUUACAUCGCUUGUGUGCAGUUACCUGGAAUAUACCUCCCUUGUUGGUGACGUGCAGUUUUGUGCUGUGUUAUAUUUACUUUUUUGCCUAUGGUGGAAGCAACGAGGGAUGUCGGUGCGGAGUUAUGCAUGUCCCCUGUUUCCAACGGACGAGAAACCAGCGGGGAAUGCUCAAGAGCAUGAAAAGACGCGGGAAGCCACCAAUGGCAGCCCGUGGCAAUGGAAAAUGCGAGCGCUGCAGUGGGUAGAGCAAUAUGUUACUCGUCUCUAUGAAAUAAAGCUCUAUGUUCCGCUCAACGAGUUACUCAUCAUUGUGCCUGAGGUGAUGGGGAACUUCAGCGCAGGGUUACCGCGUGCCGAGGACGUUGCACAGAAGUUAUUCACAUGCGUCUAUUGUGGAACUUGUCCAAAGUCCGAGUUGGUGCCACGAGCUCCCAAAAAGGGUGAAAGGCUGUUUUUGCACACCGCGACACCCGCAACAAGUGUUGAUGUGAGCGAGGGAACGAAUGAGCGUUUAGGCUCUGAUGACGAUUCAAGCGAUAGCUUUGAAUCUUCCCUCAGUUCCUCCCACUUCUGCAUGUGCGUUCAGGAUGAGCCUGCGGACAGUGGAGCAUGUAACGAUAGUGUGCUUGUGGCAAAGGAGAAGGUCAACGGUGGUGGAUCGGCGCAUCCUCUUUCCAACUCUGGCGUCCCGCCGCGGAACGCGGUCUGUUCUCGUUGUAGAAACGCACCUCUUAUGACGUGUGUCAUAUGCGAGGAGGUCGUGGAGGGAAUGUACUUGUGGCUUCUUUCCUGUGGCCACGGGGGACACGUCCAUCAUAUAAAAGAGUGGCUUGAAGUGUCUAACGAAUGCCCGCGGUGUGGAAUUCCAGUCCUGCGCCCAGAGGAAAAGCUCAGAUGA